AUGUCGAUCGCACCGGCCGGAGAGGAGAGGGGCGAGGGGCGUUGAUUCAAAACACUGAUUUCCAUAAGAUUUUUAAUUAAAAUUUAUAUUCUUUGUUUUGAUUUGAGUUAAGACACCUCUGUAAACAAUUAUCCGGAUCAUUUUUCUGAACUCUGCAUUGUAUGAUAAAUCACAAAAUGAGAUUCCCUAAGAUUCGGAAUUUUGCUACAUUCAUCGAGCCCGUGAAGUCAGUUCCUAGAAACAAACUAGUGAGAGUUCGGUUUGCACCGAGUCCCACAGGAUAUCUUCACUUGGGUGGCCUCCGAACAGCCUUAUAUAAUUUCCUCUUUGCCAAAUCCCACGGUGGCCAAUUCGUUCUGCGAAUCGAGGACACCGACCAGUCAAGAACAGUGCCUGGCGCCAUUGAGCAGCUCGAACGGGACCUUCGAUGGGCCGGAUUGAGUCCAGACGAGGGCCCCACCGCCGGAGGGUCGUAUGGACCCUACAUUCAGUCAGAACGAGUCCACCUAUACAAAAACCAAGCCCAGAUUUUGGUGGACUCCGGGUUUGCCUAUCCGUGCUUUUGUUCAGAAAAGAGGUUGGAUCUGCUGAGGAAAGAGGCGAUCAGAAUGAGAGAAAUCCCAAAAUACGACAAUAAGUGCAGGUCGCUCACGAAAGAAGAAGCCCAACAAAAAAUAAACUCAGGUCAUCCACACUGCAUUCGAUUUAAGCUGUCCCCUUUGACAGAGCCAACUUAUGAUUUGAUACGGGAUGAUCUCAACUACCAACCCUGUGAAAACGAAGGCGACCUUGUCAUUCUCAAGCAAGACGGCUUCCCCACCUACCACCUUGCUAAUGUGGUGGACGACCACAUGAUGGUGGUGACCCAUGUUCUACGAGGGGUUGAGUGGCACAUAUCAACACCUAAACAUCUCCUUUUGUACAAAGCAUUUGGCUGGGACGCUCCUCAGUAUGGACACUUACCAUUGAUUAUGAACGCUGACGGAUCAAAACUUUCAAAGCGACAAGGGGACAUUCAGAUCCGGAAUUACGAAGGGAUGGGAAUAUUUCCUUUAGCAUUGAUCAACUACGUCAGUAAAGCAGGAGGCGGGUUCAAAAAUAUGGAUCUAGAUCAAAUCUAUUCCAUGGACCAACUGAAGGAUAAUUUUGAUCUUAAUUUGGUGCAUAAGAGUUCCUGCAAACUUACUGAUAGAUUGGACGAGUAUAAUAGGACGACUUUGCAACAAAUGGUUCUCAAAGAAGAAGUCCUGAAUGAAAUGAUUGCGUCUGUGAUUAAAAUGGUGGAAAAUAGUUUCCCCAAUAUUAAGGAAUUGGAUUUGAGCAAGGAGCAUGUGAGGAAAGUUGUUCUGUGGAGUCAAGAUCGGAUUCACGCUUUAAAUGAUUUGGUGAAACCUAAUUUGGCAUUUCUUUGGAAUGUUCCGUCUAAAGAACAGCUAGUUGACUCAAAAAUAGAUCCAGAGAAACUUGAUCUAGUUAUAAGGGAACUGCAGCAAGAAAAUGAUUUUGAACUCGAAGCGUUGAAGUCUAGUCUGAGGCGAAUAGCUGACAAUAAUGGAGUUAAAUUUGUUCUCUUAAUGAAAAUUCUAAGAAUGGCAUUAAGCGGAUUGAAGGAAGGACCAGGGGUGGCUGAAGUGAUGAAUAUUCUAGGAAAGGAUUCUGUCCUCAAGCGGCUAACAAGAGCCAAAUUUUAUUUGCAGGAAAUUUGCAGUAACAAAAAUUAAAUUUCCGCCCACAGUUUGCGCUCUUUUAAUCACGUGCGUCUAAAUUCUUCAACUCUCGGGAAACACAAUAUCGUAGACAUCUGAAUAGUGGCUAACAAAGUGGACUUCAAGCCCUUCCGUAAUGAACUUAGGAAGAUCGUCAAAGUCUUUCUUGUUCUCUUCUGGAAUUAUGAUGCACUUGACACCGACUCUCUUGGCCGCAAUUGUUUUUUCCUUGAUGCCUCCGACAGGCAACACUUGACCAGUCAAGGAAACUUCACCUGUCAUCGCCAAAUCUUGUCGAAUGGGCCUGUUCUCUGCAAGGGACAGCAAUGCCGUGACUAUGGUGCAACCUGCACUUGGGCCGUCCUUCGGAGUUGCUCCCUAUGAUUAAAUUAAUUAGUUAGGCAUUUUAGUUACUUCAGAGUUUUACCUCCGGCACGUGCAGAUGGAUGUGGUUUGUUUUCAAAAAGUCGUUUUUGGGUUGGUGUUUGGCUAAAAAGUUUCGCGCCACAGUCAUUGCGAUUCUGGCCGAUUCCUUCAUGACGUCGCCCAGGUGUCCUGUCAACUCCAAGCUGCCGUCACUUUCCUUUUCCCUGUCUGAGACAGUUCGUGGAACUCUCAAGGCCGUCUCAAUGUAUAAUGUCGAGCCGCCCAUAGCUGUCCACGCCAGACCCAUGACAACUCCUGGUGGUGUAACUUCAUACAUCCUGUCGUGGGUGAAAACGGGCUUUCCGACAAAGUCCGUCAAAUUAUCCGUAGUUAUUUUGAACUCCUCAGCCUCUUUCUUGACUAAUUUAAAUGCAACUUUCCUGACAAUCUGAAAUUUGAUACUUGUUUGUGAAGUAUUCCAAUUAAAAAAUACAAACAUUAUUUACUUUUUCAACAUGUUUUUGAAGGUUUCGAACUCCACUUUCCCGGCAGUACAUUUUAAUUAGUCGUUGCAGGGCAGGUUCUUCAAUAUAAAUCUGAAAUUUGUUUAUUAUAAGAUACGGUUUAAAUUCUUUGAUUGAGAAUUCACCUGUUGUUCGCUAAGACCGCAAUCUUUCCGUGCCUGGGGAAUUAAAUAUUGUUUUGCAAUAGCAACCUUUUCCUCUGCAACAUAGCCAGAAACGUCGAUCAUUUCCAUUCGGUCUCUCAAAGGCUCAGGAAUUGUGUCAAGGACGUUGGCUG